AUGAUCGUAAACACUGCAUUUCACUCUCAUUCUUUGGAAGUAUUUCAGUCUAACUUAGAUUUGCUGAAGUUGGAGAAAUUCGACUUUGAUUCUGUGGAAGGCGCGGAAGAUGCAGUAGCUUCUCGGCGAUUUCGAUAUGUUCCUGGAAAACCGCAUAAACGCAGCAGUGCCCUUUCUUCUAUUUCAAAUGCUGUACAAAUUGGGGAUGAGCCAGAAUUCAUUACCGGUGGAAUGGAACUUGCGAAGCGUCGUAAUCAGGGAACAAGAUCAGCGUCAUAUCGCUGUGCCUCAAAACCGUCUUCAUAUCUUACUGCUCUUUACGGUCAGUCCGUUAAAUCCCUCGGCACUGUCAGGAAUAGCUUCAAACCGCCUGUAAAAACCGAUUGCGUUGAACAUAUGCCAAUCAGCACGAAGCCUGUCUCUAGUGAAGACCAUUCUCAGUUGGCGGAGAGCAGUUCCGAAGCCACAACUUCAGGGAAUGAGACAAUCAGAAAUUGUGACCCAAAGCUGAUAGACCAGAUCUUGUGUGAAAUUAUUCAUCGACAGCCGUCGGUGACUUGGGAUGAAGUAGCUGGUCUGGAAUCAGCAAAGCGAGCUAUCAGAGAAAUGGUGAUUUGGCCAAUGCUUAGACCCGAUAUAUUCACAGGGCUGCGCGCUCCUUCUAAAGGAAUGCUUUUGUUCGGGCCUCCUGGCACUGGAAAGACCCUGAUCGGCAAGUGCAUAGCUAGCCAAUGCAAAGCUACGUUUUUCAGUGUCAGCGCCAGCUCCCUAACUUCAAAGUGGGUAGGGGAAGGUGAAAAACUGGUCCGAGCACUGUUUGCGGUUGCUAGGGACCGUCUCCCUUCAGUUAUAUUUAUCGAUGAAGUCGAUUCUCUGUUGACCCAGCGGUCUGAUGGCGAACACGAGUCCAGUCGACGUUUAAAGAACGAAUUUUUUUCGCAGAUGGAUGGCUUGGGUAUAUCAAAGGAGGAAAGACUUUUAGUAGUGGGAGCAACAAAUAGACCUCAGGAACUGGAUGAAGCUGCGCGACGUCGAUUUGCAAAGCGGUUGUAUAUUCCCUUACCAGAUAAAACGGCACGUGUUGAAAUUGUACAGCAUCUGUUGCAUAAUCAGCGUCACACUCUUACUGACUCAGAAAUAGCAACUGUUGGUGAUUUGACAGAUGGUGAGUUUAGUCUUACACUGUUCAUCACCCUUCCUUUCUGGAGG